AUGUCAGGCAAAGUUCACGGUGGUAAAGGUAAAUCUGGAGCCAAAACAGGUUCUAAUCUAAGGGCAACAACGCAUUCCGCUCGUGCUGGUCUGCAAUUUCCAGUUGGAAGAAUCAAGCGUUACUUGAAGCGCAACGCAGCGGGAAAAACGCGUGUAGGAUCAAAAGCUGCUAUCUACCUCACAGCAGUACUGGAAUAUUUGACGGCUGAAGUGCUCGAACUAGCAGGUAAUGCAGCGAAGGACUUAAAAGUCAAGAGAAUCACUCCUCGUCACUUGCAGUUGGCGAUCAGAGGUGAUGACGAAUUGGAUACCUUGAUUAGAGCAACAAUCGCGUCAGGUGGUGUGUUGCCACAUAUUAAUAAGGCUUUGCUUUUGAAGGUGGAAAGGAAAGGCACGAAGAAUUGA